AUGACGAGCGGCGUCGCGGACUCGGUCGAGCACGCCGCGGCCGCGGUCGCCGCGGCCGCGGCGGAGAUACGCGUGAUCGAGGACGCGCACCGGAGAUACUCUCUCCUCGGCCGUCUCGCGGCGUUCGCCUGGCGCCUCCCGUGGCCGCGGCUCGUCUCGCUCUUCGCCACCACCCUCGCGCUCGUCCUCGCCGCGCUGUGGCUCAACCGCGGCGCGAUCGCGCGCGCGUUCGACGCGUACGUGACGAGGCACGCGCUGACGAAGCUCCGAGGGAUGCUGACGCCCGAGGUGAGCGCGCGGAGGGUCCGCCUGCGUUGGAACACGGUCAGCGUCGAGGGGCUGACGAUCGGCAAUUCCCCCGCGGCGAAUUUCGCGAACGCGCCGUUUCUGAUGAAGCUGCAGUGCGCGGUGGUGGAGUGCGACUUGCUCAGCCUGCUCGGCGUGCGCGUCCUCCGAGGGAACUUCGUCGUCGGGUGGCUCACCGCGGCGGUGAAGUUGAUCGCGAUCCACGGCUUGGUCGUGCACGUGGACGAGGCGCAAGACCCGGACGACGCCGGCGCGUUGUCGAAAAUUCGAAACUUCGCCGGCGUGUUUCGAGCGGCGGCGGAGGCGGAGGCGGAGGCGGAGGCGGCGGCGGCGGAGGCGGCGCCAGAGGCGGCGGCGACAGACGAGGAGGCAUCAAAAGCGGCGGCGUCCAAGGCGUCCAAAGAUGAAGUCUCGUCCCCGCGGGGGUUCUUCAGCGACGUCGGGGAGUCGUUCGCCGCCGCGCAAAAAGCGAUCGACGCGAAGCUCGCCGCCGCCGCCGCGGAGGCGAUGAACCUCCCCGGGAACAUCGCGUCUGGGAUCACCGCGGCCGGGACGGAGGUGACGAAUAAACUCAGAGCGCUCGUGACGCUGCUCGAGCGCGUGAACGAGCCCGCGCCCGCGGAGACGGAGGAGUCGCGUCUUCGGAACCGACAGCUGACCCUGGACGUGCGUCGCGUGGAAUUCAUCGACUGCGCGUUUCACAUCCCGGCGGUCGCGUCGUCGCCGUUCACGUUUCGAGCGCACAUGAUCGACGGGUUCAAAGGGACGACGGGGGAGCUCGGCAAGGCGUGCGCGGACAGGCUCUUGAAGCAGAUCAUCGCGGAGUUUCAGAGAGACGUCUUGGCGACGUUGACGAAGCCAAUCGCCGCCGUCGGCGACGGGCUCUUGAGCGUCGGACAAGCCGUCGGCGCCGGAGGAGGGUUACUCGUGGACGGCGUCGUCGGCGGCGCGAACAUCGUCGUGGACGGCGUCGGGAAGGGCGCGAACAUCGUCGUGGACGGCGUCGGGAAGGGCGCGAACAUCGUCGUGGACGGCGUCGGGAAGGGCGCGAACAUCGUCGUGGACGGCGUCGUGGACGGCGCGACGGUCGUCACGCGCGGGCUGAAGGAAACCGGGGACGAGAUGGCGCAAGAGUUCACCGAGACGAAAGAUUCCGUGACGGGGUUCUUCGCGAACCCGCUGCUGAACACGCAGAGCUUGUUCGCGGCGAGGACGUAUCUGGUGAAGGAGAAGUACUUGGGGAAGGUGUACGACAUCGUGAACGUGGACGACCGCGGCGGGAUUGAAAUUCGAGCGUUCAUGACCGCGCUCGGGGACGACGACCGCGUUUCGAAACUGUUGGAACGAGGCGCGGUCGCCGCCGAGGGCGAAAACGCGGAGAGCGCGCGCGCGGCGAUGGCGAAAGCGUUCGCGAAGCUCGAGAAGGACUCCAGGAAGGUCGUCACGAAGCAAGAGUUCGUGAGGUAUUUCGUCGACCCGCGAGAGAAACCGAAGCCAACCUGA